CGCACAAAUAUAUCUGCCGUCCGUCUACCGGAUUCAGAAGACACACUAACCUGUCGACCGCACGCAUGCCAUCUCCUCUCAACUGCGCUGCUCCUUUUGCCGGCCAUCAUGACAGCGCCAGGCAUCUACUUCCCGGUGAAGGGCUACGUGCGCGCUGAGCUCAUCAUCAACUGCAUCGUCGUCACCCUCGUCCUCGUGGUAGUCUCCCUGAGAGUUGUCGGACGUGUCAGAGGUCCGGGUGUAGGAUGGGAUGAUAGAAUGGUCAUGGCCGCGACGCCUUUAGCAGUGGCCAUGUUGGUGUGUCAAGGUUUCUUCGCUCGAGUUGGCAACGGCUGGAGUUUGAUCGAGUACCCAGAACUCGUCGUCAAUGUCCCCUUCAUUCUCCAGUUGACCUUCGGGAUGCAAAUCGUGUACGUCACAUUGCUUUCAUGCGUGAAGAGUAGCAUGCUGUUCUUCUUCAUUCGCGUCUUUCCCACUCGAUUCAUGCAGCUCUCGUCCAAGAUUUCACUGGGGUUUGUCGGAGCCUGGACUGUUUCCUACCUGUGCGCCUGCAUCUUCAUCUGCAACCCAGUCGAGGCACAAUGGACAGGCUUGGGGGUAUGCGGCGAAUACAUUCACAUGAUCCAAUCUUUGAUUGCGACCAACGCCUUGGGCGACCUCGUUAUUAUGGCGUUGCCGAUGCACAGCAUUUGGACUUUGCAGACUCGCAAGUCUGAAAAGAUCGGUAUCACAUCUUGCUUCUUGUUAGGUCUUGCCUGUGUUGUCUGCGCGAUAUUCCGGUUAAUUUACAUCUCCACUGUCGAUCUUGCCGGCAACGUUACGGGCACCAUGCCCACCACCGUCUUCCUCUUCACGCUCGAACCGAACCUCGCUGUCCUCUGCGUCAGUAUUCCGAUGCUUCGACCAUUCUACGCGAAAUACAAGAGGAGGAUGGGAGGGUCCAAGCUGGACGAAUAUUCCGACGAGCGGAGCACUGGAUUUAGAGAUCAGAGCCAACGGUCCGCUCCGGUGAGCAAAGUUCGGUCGGGAUCAAACCCCGACAGCUCGUCGUGGGAGAUGGAUAACUACUACCCACCUGGCGGAGCGCAGGACGCUACAGUCACUGGGUUGGGAGAUGAAUCGGGAUCGGAGAAGAAUUUGACAACGUCUUCCAAGCUAUCCAACGAGAUUCGGGUUGAGACUAAGUGGUCGAUAACAACUCGCCAAAUGUAGCAG